AUGCCCCCACACUUGCUCGUCUUCCCCUCUUUCCCCCCUGUCCUCCUCUCCCCCCUCUUUUCCCCAGCAUCGAAGCUCCGAGAGGAAUCAGCCAAGGGCUCAAGAGGCGCAGCAGCAGAGGAAGGGCAGGUGACAGUGACUGUGGGGCCCCUAGUAGGAGGAGCAGAUGGGGAAGAGGGAGAAGUAGGAAGGCCGUCUGCUUCUGCUACUGCUGAUGGCAUCUCCGGUCGAGCAGCAUCGGCAAUUGAGUCCAAGAGGGAGGAGCGCAUGAAAAGGCUGAAAGACAGUGGUCGUAGACUCCUGGUGGCGUGGGCACUGGCGGCCGCGUGUCUGGUGGGGCAUGCCUCGCACAUGCUGCAGGCCUCCUCCCUCGCCUGGAAGCUGCCCGCCUGGACCCACGCCCUGCACUCCACGCCCGUGCACGCUCUCCUCUCCCUCACUGCCCUGCUCGGGCCCGGUCGCAAGCUGCUGCAGGACGGGUGGAGCAGCCUCAGGAGGGGAGCGCCCAACAUGAACACCCUCGUCAGCCUGGGAGCAGUCUCCUCCUUUGCUGUUAGCGCCGUCGCUGCUGCCGUGCCGAAGCUGGGCUGGCCGGCAUUCUUUGAGGAGCCGCUCAUGCUGCUGGCGUUCGUGCUGCUGGGGAAGGCACUGGAAGAGCGGGCCAAGAUCAAGGCUACCAGUGACAUGGCGGCGCUGCUGUCCCUGCUGCCCCCUCAGGCCCGUCGCAUCAUCCCCUCCUCCUCGCCCUCGCCCUCCCCGCCCUCCUCUCCUGCUGCUGCUACAACAAGAUCUGAAGCAGCAGGAUCAGCAGCCUCAGGCAGCAGCUUCAGCGAUGCGGCGACGGAGGUGGUUCCGAUUGAAGCAAUUCAAGUGGGCGACCAAGUGCUUGUCCGUCCUGGGGAUCGCAUACCAGUGGAUGGCACAGUGGCAGGAGGGCGCAGCACAGUGGAUGAGAGCAGCAUCACGGGAGAGCCACUUCCAGUGCUGAAGCAGGCUGGGGACGAGGUGACAGCGGGAACGGUGAAUUUCAACGGGGCGAUGGUGGUGCAGGCGAGCAGGCAGGGAGGUGAUGCGGUGUUGGCAGACAUAGUGCGCAUGGUGGAGGAGGCUCAGGGCCGCCAGGCGCCGGUUCAGCGGUUUGCUGACCAGGUAUCCGGCAAGUUCUGCUACGGGGUGAUGGGCAUAGCAGCGGCCACCUUUGCCUUCUGGUCCACCCUCGGCCCCAAGCUCGUCCCGGCUGCCCUCGCUGCUGCUGGCAAGGGAGGGAGCAUGCUGCUGGCGCUGCAGCUCGCAUGCAACGUGCUGGUGGUGGCAUGCCCGUGUGCCCUCGGUUUAGCCACCCCAACGGCAGUGCUGGUGGGCACAGCCGUGGCAGCUCGCAAGGGGCUUCUCAUUAGAGGGGGAGACGUGUUGGAGCGCUCCACUGCCGUGCACACCGUGCUCUUUGACAAGACCGGCACUCUCACCCUCGGCCGCCCCACCGUCACGCGCGUUCGCCUGCAUGGGGAUAGGUCUGGUGAGGAGGAGAGGGAGGGGAAGCAGCGUGGGGUUGGUAGACAGGGAGGAGGAGGAGGAGGAGGAGGAGGAGGAGGAGACGGGGGGAAAGACGGAGAAGAGGAGAGGAGGAAAGAGGUGCUGGUGUUGGCAGCGGCAGUUGAGCGGAAUUCCACGCAUCCCCUCGCGACGGCGAUAGUGGAAGCUGCUGGGAAGGAGGCGAGGCGAGCGCGGGUGGAGGACGGGUCGUUUUUCCAGCAGCCGGGGGCUGGGGCGGCUGCGGUGGUGGGCGGGCAGCAUGUGGUGGUGGGCACACCUGAUUGGCUGAGAGACAACGGCUGUGAUGUGCCGGUGGAGUUGGAAGAAGCUGAUCUGAUGAGCAGUGCUGCAGAAGGGUCAUCCCCCGCAUCACCGACGCUCAGGCCUGCCAUGCCAGGCGAUCCCACACCAGGCGAGACCACCGUGUACGUGGGGGUGGACGGCCAGCUGGCAGGCGCCAUCUCAUUGGUCGACAAGGUGCGCGACGAGGCGGCGGCGGCUGUAGCGGCGCUACAGGCCAUGGGGCUGCACACGGCGAUGCUUUCGGGGGACAAGAGGCCGGCGGCGCUGGCGAUCGCACACAAAGUCGGCAUUCCUGAGAACGAGGUAUAUGCGGGCGUGAAACCAGAAGGCAAAGCCGACUUCGUUUCAGCACUUCAGGCGAAAGGAGCGCGGGUGGCGAUGGUGGGAGACGGGGUGAACGACGCAGCGGCGCUUGCUCGCGCAGACGUGGGCAUAGCCAUGGCGGGAGGGGUGGGAGCAGCAAGUGACGUGGCGUCGGUGGUGCUGAUGGGCGACCGGGUGACUCAAGUGGUGGACGCCAUUCACCUCAGCCGCUGCACCUUCAACAAGAUCCGCCAGAACCUCGCCUGGGCUUUCUUGUAUAACAUGAUUGGUCUCCCAGUGGCAGCAGGGGCGCUGCUGCCCUUCACAGGCACCAUGCUCACGCCCUCCCUCUGUGGUGCACUCAUGGGAGUGAGCUCUCUGGGAGUCAUGGCCAACUCCCUCCUGCUGCAGCUCACUUACAAGGCACCUUCACUAAAGAAGACUGAUAUGGCAGCUCGUGGAUUGCCUGGAUUCAAUAUUUGGAAGGAUGUGAAGGGGGAGAGUGGAAGGGGGAAGAAGGGCGGUUGUGGUGGUGAUGGGGAUGGGGAUGUGGAGAAGGGCUUGCUCGGUGGUGUUGGACAAGGCGCUUUGAUCUUAUCAAUCACAAAUAAAAACAUGGACGGAAAGCUGAGCUUUUGGGGCGUGGAGGUGAAGCCCAAGGAGACCCUCAUAGUGGAUCCUAAUAACGAUGCUGAUUACCUCCACAUCUCCCAGGUGGCGCUGGGAGCGCAAGCGAAGGACAACGAGAGAGUGGUGGUUCAGCUGAGGGAGGAGAUCGACGAGGAAGACGACGACGACGAUGAGGAUGAGGCUCCUCCGAAGCCGGUGACGGUGGUGCUGGGCACGCUCGUGAAGGGCAAGGUGGACCAGAUGAGCCUCGAUCUCGUGCUCGACCGGCCGUUCAGCCUCUUCCACUCCGGCUCGCACAGCAUUUUCUUCUCUGGGUACAAGACGCGCGACGGCGGCGACGAUGAACAUUAUGACAUGGACGACGAAUUUGAUGAGGAGGAUAUUGAGGAGGACGAGGAGGAGGAGGAAGAGGAGGCGGAGGAUACACCGCCGCGCAAGAAGGCAGCCGCCGCCGCUGCGGCCAAGGCUGGGAAGAAGGGGGCAAGCCCGAGCAAGGACGCAGAGAUGGCAGACGCGGACGAGCCCGCCAAGCCUGCUGCCGCUGCUGCUAAACCUGCCGAAACACCCGAGCCUGCAACGGGCGCCAAGCGCCAAGCAGAUUCCCCCGCAGCCACACCCUCGCCUGCACUAUCCAAGGCGCAGAAGAAGAAGCAACGCAGAGAAGCCGCCGCCGCUGCUGCCGCCGCCGCUGGUGGUGGUGACGCUGCUGCUGCCUCCCCUGCCGCCCCCUCUCCCGCUUCUGCCAAGGAGGCUGCCAAGCCUGCCACUCCCGCUGCCAAGCCUGCAGCAGCAACGCCAGUAGCUGCCACACCGCCAGCAGCUGCAGCAGGCACACCAGAGCCUGGCGCCACAGCCACCCCUGCGUCUGGAAAGAAGAAGGCCAUCUUCCACUGCACACAGUGCCCCAAGAAGUUCAACGCCGAGGCGUUUUUGAAGAAGCACAUUGAGACCAAGCAUUCUGCUUAA